AUGGAACCCUCUGCGCCGCCAAACCAACCUCUCUCGCAUGCUAGUAACUCGAACAAGCCCAGGCGUACGGUGGACAAAUGGAUGGCUUUGGCGAGGGCGAAGUUGCUCGCAGGCAUUCUGAGACGGAAGGUCCGGGAUGCUUCGUCUCGCCGCGAGGCCAGGUCCAACGACCUGUCCACUAUGCAGAGGCGAAUGAGCAUGGUCGACGCCUGGCUGAACAACCAGCCCGCGUCCCACUCAAACGGCCCCCAGAGCAGCACACCCAUCCCCAGCCGACUCCAACCCUCCUCAUCCAACUCGAGCACCAACUCCGAAUGUACAGUACGCGGCCACCAAGAACAAUGGCCAUACCGCCCCGCGCGCGCGCGCUACUCCUUCGACGGGAGCGGCCCCGACGAGCUCCGUCUGCGCGCGGACCAGCUCGUGCACGUCCUCGACGACCGCGACGGGUCCUGGUGGUACGCGCUGGACCCGGCGACGGGGGCGGAGGGCGUGGUGCCCGCGGCGUACCUGUGUUAA